AUAACUGGAGUCUGUCAGAAGUGCCUAUUUGGAACAGCGGGCGAUCACUGCGAGAAGUGCUUGCCAGGUUACCGACGAAACGUAAAGAAGGCAGAGGAGGGCACUUUGGUAGAAGGUAGUGUCGAGGUGGAGACGACGUACGCGCGCGGCUGUCAACCGUGUUAUUGCGACCCGAGGGGUACCCUCGCCAUGCCUGGUGUUAAGGGAGGUCUUGGCAUCUGCAACGAGGAGACGGGUCAGUGCCCAUGCAAACCUGGCGUCACUGGCCUCCGAUGUGAUCGCUGUCGCGACGGCUUCUACGGUCUCGAAUCCGGCAAGGUUCACUGCCUCAAUUUUUCCUCUUUAUUGGCUCGAUUAGGCAAUGGGGAUAAAUACUAA